AUGGCCACUUCAACGAUGGGAGGAGCAACAAGAAAAAGACUAACUCCAGAAGAAGAGAAAAAGAGAGACGAACAAGACCAGAUGGUUACUGCUGAUUUUGCUUUAAGCCACUUUAUGUUUUUGCGCGACAGAAUCCAAGCUGGUGAUAGUGAAAAUCAUCCCUCUAAGAAAAGAAAUCACCACGAAAGAUGA